AUGAGUGUAUUGGACUAUAUCGGUGCUGCUGUGGAGAAAUGCUCCUACAAUUUCAGGCCUGGAAAUGAGACUGAUUUCGCAGAUUCUUUGGGUGGCUCAUGGUAUGUGUCUCCCGUAGCACAUGGUGUAGAGUUCUUGACGGUGGUUCCUUUUUACCUAUUCAUGACAGCUUAUUUUGGAUACAAAGCAGUGGUCAAAGACCAGCUUAAUUACAACUUGCUAAAAUCAGCGCGGAACCGACCUCCCAGAUCACUGUUGGAGACGUUGUGUUUGAUUCUCAUGAUCGCGUCAUAUGCAAUAACAGUUAUACACAAGAUCGCUACAGGAACCAAGUACUUUCUAUUACAGCCUUGUCAUGCAAGUGCUGUCAUUUUGAUUAUUAUCAUGGCAUGGCCAAAUGACAGGCCACAGUUUACACCUCAACUGUUGUUCAACAUUUACCUCCAUACACUGUGGGGCUCUGUGCUGGCAUUGGUGUUCCCAGACCUACGAGAUCACGACAUGCUGGGCGAAGUGUUUAACUUUUUCCUGGAGCACGGGCUCAUUCUCGUGCUUCCUUUUUACCUAUUGACAACCAAACGCUAUGUGGUUUUACCGCUGAAUCUCGACAUGGCACUGUUUAGCUUCUUUUUAUAUGCAUCAUACCACUCACCACUCCUUCAUGCUGUGUCACUCUGGUCUGGCUACAAUAUCAACUACACCCUCGUUUCUCCUGCACUUGGAUUUCUCAUUGUCAUUGGCCAUUGGUAUCGAUUUGUCAUGUAUGGAUCUGCGUUUCUUCUCAUGUUUAUUACGAGAUAUGUAGCUGUGGAGCUCCUUGUCAAAACAGUCUUGAAUGUAAGAGACUCUAAAAAGUCUGCUUAA